CAUUUUAAGAGUACACAGAGGUCUUAAGAUGGCUGCUGGGCUGCCGCUUCCUGACAGAAGAAAAGAUGUGGAGUGGGCUGCUACCUCCUGGCCUAAAUGAAAGUGAUGUUGAGUCAAACUCUGAAGAUGAAGCUACGUUGGAGAACUCUGUACUGAACUUACAGGAAGAUAAAGAGGAUGGGAGCAUCAGUAAAACAGAAAUCACAGAUUUCUCAACAGAUGAACCAAAAACUGAAAUGGAGUCAAAUGUAAAUGCCUAUGAAGAGUGUCCUUCUGGAAUUCCCAUAGAUAUGUGGAAUAAAUUUCAAGAAUUGCAUAAAAAACAUUCUGAACAGAAAAAAACAACCUCAAGAUUCAGAGGGGAAAAAAGAAAACGCUCCAGAAAAGAUAAAUUGAAGAAUGAGAAAAAAUUUCAUAGUGAAGAGUCCUCAAAUGAAACCCAGUGGAAGAAGCUUACUCAGUAUUCUGGAGUCAAUGAUAGAUUUGACCCUCCUGUUAAAAGGAAAAAAGUUGAGAAGUCAGGCCUUGAAAAGAGGAUAGACCAGGCUGUGGGUGAGUGGAAUGUUGAGAAGGCUGAGGAACUUAGCAACCACCUAGCUACUCGAGAGCUUGGUGUCAAAAUUGCCAAAGCAGUUGCCUGCCACAACUUUGUAAAAUCCAAAAAGGAGGUUGAAAAUUCACAGGCUGCCCAAAAAAAGAAGAAACUCGCAUGGGGGUUUGAAGCAAAGAAGAGAUGGGAAACCAAAAGCAACAUGGGAUAUAUGUAACUUGCCAGAGUGCUUCAAGACAUUUGUACUCAAAUGCUCAAUUUCCUGAGAACGUUUUCCUGCCUAUGUUAAAUAUGUCAGAAAAUUUAUAGAGCUAGAACACAAGCAUAAAAUUUGGGAUUUUGAUUAUCAGCUCUUUUCAAUCUUUCUCUAAGGACUUUGUCCUAUUGCAGUGAAUAAAAUGAAGCAUUCUGUUAUUUAUAUAAGAAAUGUAAGAAAAUAUAUGGAAAGGAGAGGAUAGGAUUUUGUUUAUCUAUUUGUAUGGACCCACAGUAUAAAAUCAGUUUUGCUGCUUUUGGUUUAGUAUAGUCAGUGUGCUUCUUGUACUUUCUUCUUAUUUUGAGACAGAGUCUCACACGCUCUGUCACCUAGGCUGGAGUGCAGUAGCAUGAUCUUGGCUCACUGCAACCACUGCCUCCGGGUUCAAGUGAUUCUCAUGCCUCAGCCUCCUGAGUAGCUGGGAUUACGAGUGAACGCCACCACGCUCGACUAAUUUUUUUUUGUAUUUUUAGUAGAGAUGGGGUUUUGCCAUGUUGGUUAGGCUGGUCUUCAUCUCCUGGCUGACCUCAUAUGAUCCACCUCCCUCAGUCUCCCAAAGUGCUGGGAUUAUAGGCAUGAGUGACCAUGCCGGCCUUGUAUUUUCUUAUCUGUACCCAGUGUAACUAUAUGUUUACUGGAACUGUGUUAAGAUUGACAAUUGUUUAUAAUGGAUUAGUCUAAAUGCCAAAAAGUGUCAGUUGAUACUAUCUUUACAAAUGACUUGACCUUAAUGUUAUAAAAGUAGUUACUGAUUUUUUAUUGGAGGCAGACUUGAUAUUUCAGAAUUGUAUAGUAAAAGCAAUUUAUUAAUUUUGGUGUACUUUCAGAUAAACUUGCAAUAAAGAAAGGGCCAAAUGUAA